AUGUCCUCGGGGACGUCGUCCUCCACGCCCAGUUUCUCGGGAUUCCGACUGCAGGCGACCGACGGGACCGUCGUUCCGAUCAGUUUGACGGCGAUGAGACAGUCCACUCUGCUCGCGUCGGUCGUCGACAACUGCGACGGCUCCGACGCCUUCAACGAGCCGAUUCAGUGCCCGAACGUGACGCAGGGGGACAUCCUCCGACUCGUGGUCACCUGGUGCGAACGCCAUCAAAACGACGGCCCGAUGAGCGACGCCGAACAGAGAUUGGCGGUGAGUUCAGCAAAAAAUGUGAAAAUUCCAUGUUUUCUGUCCAAAAAUUCAAAAAUACACUGAAAAUUCCUUGAAAUUGCCGUUGUCUUGGAGUUUUCACCGUUUUCGCUUCGAAAUUUUGUUCUAAAACGCUUUUAAGCACAAAAAGCUUCAGGUGAAAGAGCUUCCGACGUGGGACCGCCAAUUCCUGGAUCCACUGGACAACCGCCAGCUGUUCUCGCUGAUCUGCGCCGCCAACUACCUGCACAUCGCCCGUCUCCUCCACUACUCGUGCAAAAUGGCCGCUCAGCAAUCGGAAGGACUGACGCCGAACGGAAUGCGCAAAUUGUACUUUGGAAUGGACGAGAACGGAACGCCCACUGGAUAA